CCCAUGCGGAUGAUCGCAAUUUAUCUGAUUUCGCGACCACCGUCACUACUUACUGCUGCCUGCCUGCGACUGCCUGCUGCUAUCAUCAACGAGUGCUCUUUGCUCUUCGCUCUGGGAUCUGGUCUGGUCUGGUCUGUACUGCUCUAGUGUGUUGUGUUGUGUUGUGCCUUGCUUUGGUCUGUCUUCCUACUAAUGAAGACGGACGGACAAAUUAGUUAUGGUCUUAUGAUAAAUUAGCCCGAUCCAAUUGCCUGCAGUCGGACAACCGGGAAACAGUGGAGUGGACAGUCGUCGAAUUAGUGACAAGAUCGCACAGUGCAGCACUAACGACUCGAAGACAACAACUUUCCGAUGCUGGAGAUCGCUUCGAGGGGGCCAUUGAGUGCGAUUAAAUUAAAUGCAUAUUUCUGUGUGUUCUGCAGUCAUUUGCCAGUGGCUUGUCUCAGCUUGGAGUGGCUAAGGAGAGAUGGGUGUUGUGCUGGCUCUAUUGGCGUUUGUCUGUGGCUACGAUAAGGUUCUGUUCUGUUUGCGUCAGUGGAAUGAGGUGGAACGUUAGAUAAGUGCGGGACCAGCCUUAGGGUAGGGUCAGGUAAUAUUUACAGUCAUAUGGUUGGGCAAAUGGCUUGCUUAUAUGGUGUGGAGUGCCAAGGGAUGCCUUACCUUAUGCCUUAGAUCUCCAAACUCCGAGCAACCUUGGCCAAACAUUUACCCAACCAGCAGGGAAAACCCCAAACUAUAACUAGAUUACCCAACUCAGUCGAAAGUUUAAAUGUUAGUAGAGCAGGUCAGCCAACCCCACAGAAAGACGACUGACUGACAGUUAGGGGGGCGCCCCCAGAGCCCAGAGUUAGGGAAAGUUUAAUUAGAUCUGCAUACGGAAUGAACGACCCCGUACCAUACAUGUCCAUGUCCGAGUCCGAGUCCGAGUCCGUGUCCCCUAAAAGCAGGUUAACGAACUGUCAGAGCCGGGAGCCGGUGGCAGUCGUGUGUCUGCUGCUGACAGGAUGCGCUGGCUCUGGCUCUGGCUCUGGCUACUGGGACUGGUGACACUGGCUAAGGGCUGGACAGGACUAACGAGUCCCCAGCCGCUGGAUGGCUAUCAGGCUGGCCUCAAGCAGCUGCUGCAGAAGAUUCUGUGGGCGGCCAACGUGCAGAGAUGCUUCGGUGUCAUCACCGAUGACCUGCACUAUCCCAUCUACGAUCGGGGUUUCUUUGAGUCCGUGGGUCGCCAGCUGGUGCCCUGCUAUGUGGUGCGAGUGAAUGCCAGCGAGGAUCUCGGCCGGCUGCCCGGCCACUUGGAGCGCGUGCUGCUGGCCAUCAAGGCCAGAGACUGCGAGCUGCACGUGAUCACCGUCCUCAAUGGCUGGCAGGUGCAGGGCCUGCUCAGGUUCGUCUAUGACCACAGGGCCCUGAACAUGCAGAGGAAGUUCCUCCUGCUGCACGACUCGCGGCUCUUCGCCCCGGACAUGCUCCACCUGUGGACCGUCUACGUGCGCAGCGUGUUCCUCAAGCGGCAGCUGGAUAACAGAUUCCAAAUUUCGACGGUGGCCUUUCCGGGAAUUUUGAGCGGCGUUUUGGUGCUUCGAAAUCUGGCCACUUGGGAGCUGGGUAAACGCAUCAAUGGAAGGAUUCUGUUUGUGGACAAUACGAGGGAUCUGAAGGGGGCCGCACUGCCAGUGGCUGUGGUCGAGCAUGUGCCCAUGGUGCAGUGGUCGAACACAACGAGCAGCUACCAGGGCGUGGAGGUGGACAUUAUGAAUGCUUUGGGCAAGGCACUGAACUUCCAGCCGGUCUACUAUCGGCCGAACGUGAGCGAGGAGUCGGACUGGGAGCAGUACGACGUGGCAUAUGGGGAGAACAAGACCCACAUAGACUCCAAACUCAUUGCGGAAGUGGCGCUGCACGGUGCCCGGUUCGCCAUUGGCGAUCUGCACCUGUUCGAGGUAUACCUGCGGCUGGUGGAGCUCAGCCUGCCGCAUAAUUUCGAGUGCCUGACCUUCCUCACGCCCGAGUCGUCGACGGACAACUCCUGGCAGACCUUCAUACUGCCCUUCAGCGGUGGCAUGUGGGCUGGUGUCGUGCUCUCCCUCUUCGUGGUGGGCACCGUCUUCUAUGCGAUUAGCUUCUUGAACGCCAUCCUCACGGGCAGCGGCCAGGCGAGCUUCUCCCGCUGCUGCCGCACUCGUGGAGAGCCGCUGGACCCAAGCACCUAUCGCCGGCUGAGCUUCCGCGCAGCCCUCAGCCGGUAUCGUCCGCCUCUGGGUGCUGGCAAGCAUCGCGAUCUCUUCGACGACUAUGCCACCUGCAUUCUGCUCACCUACAGCAUGCUCCUCUACGUGGCGCUGCCUCGCAUGCCACGCAACUGGCCGCUGCGCGUCCUUACUGGCUGGUACUGGAUCUACUGCAUCCUGCUGGUGGCCACAUACCGGGCCAGCUUUACCGCCAUCUUGGCCAACCCGGCAGCAAGGGUAACCAUCGAUACGCUGGAGGAUCUGCUGCAUUCGGGUAUACCGCUCAAGACUGGGGCGGCCGAGAACAGGCAAUUCUUUGUGGACGCCAUCGAUGAGGUGGCCCAGAAGGUGGGCGCCCAGAUGGAUGUUCUGGCUGACAGCGAAGAUCUGACCGCUCGCAUUGCCAAGGGUCAGUGCGCCUAUUACGACAAUGAGUUCUAUUUGCGUUAUAUGCGCGUGGCGGACGGUGUGGCCGGAGGCGUGGGCUCCGCCCUGCACAUCAUGCGGGACUGCGUCGUCCACAUGCCCGUCGUGCUGGCCAUGGAAAAGAACGCCGCGCUGAAGCAGCGCGUGGAUAGCUCCCUGCAGCACAUGACCGAGGCCGGUCUGAUAGCCAAAUGGCUGAAGGAUGCAAUCAAACGACUGCCGGCCGAGGCACCUGCCCAACAGGAAGCCCUCAUGAAUCUCACCAAGUUCUGGAGCUCCUUCGUGGCCCUGGGCAUUGGCUAUGUGGCAUCGAUUCUGGCACUUCUCUUCGAGCAUUGGCACUUCAGGCACAUCGUCAUGCGGCAUCCCAUGUACGAUGUCCUCAAUCCCAGCUUGUACUAUAACUUUAAGCGCCUGUAUCCAGAUUAA